AUGGAUGACCUCUUUGAGGUUUUCGAGGAGCAGCCUCGCGCUCAGAAGAAGCGCAAGGCCUCUCCCGAUGUCGAAAUGACUGAUGGAGCUGCCACCGCUGCUGCCGCUGCGAAUGCCGCCGCCGUCACCCACAUGCAAGCGCAAGUCGUCCCCGUGCCGCAAGAAGACAACGACAAUAACAACAACACGGUCGACCAGCCCGCGACUUCCAACGGCGAUGCCCCUGCCACUGCCGACGAUGUUCAGUCGCCCCAGAGCCCCCAUGGCCAGGGCGACAGCAAGCGCAGAAAGAGGACCGACGAGGCCGAGCCCAUCAUGACCGAUGCCUUCCAGACGGCAGAGUCCCGAGAGGUCACCGGCGCCCAGGGUUUCGCGCCCACCGAGGGCGAGUCCAUCGUCAUCUCCCACAACAUUCAGCAUCAAGUCGCCCUUCCCCCCGACCUUGACUACGAGUAUAUCCCCUUGUCCGAGCACAAGCCCCCCGCCGAACCCGCCCGAACAUACUCCUUCAAGCUCGAUCCCUUCCAGGCCCUCUCCGUCGCCUCUAUUGAGCGCGAAGAGAGUGUCCUGGUUUCCGCCCAUACCUCUGCUGGUAAGACGGUCGUUGCCGAAUACGCCAUUGCCCAGUGCCUCAAGAAGAACCAGAGGGUCAUCUACACGAGUCCCAUCAAGGCUCUUUCCAACCAAAAGUACAGAGACUUCCAGGCCGAGUUUGGUGACGUUGGCCUCAUGACUGGUGAUGUUACCAUUAAUCCCACAGCCAGUUGUCUCGUCAUGACGACCGAAAUUCUGCGGUCCAUGUUGUAUCGCGGUUCCGAAAUCAUGCGCGAAGUCGCCUGGGUCGUCUUCGAUGAAAUCCAUUACAUGCGCGACAAGAUUAGAGGUGUUGUCUGGGAAGAGACCAUCAUCCUGCUUCCCGACAAGGUCAGAUACGUCUUCCUCUCCGCCACCAUUCCCAACGCCUUCCAGUUCGCCGAAUGGAUCGCCAAGAUCCAUCGUCAAGCCUGCCACGUCGUCUACACCGAUUUCCGUCCUACGCCCUUGCAAAACUACUUCUUCCCCGCCGGUGGCAAGGGUAUCCUCCUCAUUGUCGACGAGAAGGGUAAUUUCAAGGAGAAUAACUUCAACCAAGCAAUGGCCAUGAUCGAAGAGAAGAAGGGUACCGAUUCCAACGACUGGAGUGCCAAGCAAAAGGGCAAGGGCAAGAACAAGAAGACGAACAAGGGCGGAGAGGCUGCCAACGAGAAGGCGGAUAUCGCAAAGAUCAUCAAGAUGAUUCUCAAAAAGAAUUUCCAGCCUGUCAUCGUCUUCAACUUCAGCAAGAGAGAGUGCGAGCAGAUGGCCUUGGCCAGUUCCACCAUGAAGUUCAACGCCCCGGAUGAGGAGAACAUGGUCAACAAGGUGUUCGAGAAUGCUCUUGCUCAGCUGUCCGAGGACGACAAGAACCUUCCCCAGAUCGCCAACAUCCUUCCCCUUUUGCGCAAGGGUAUCGGUGUGCAUCACUCCGGCUUGUUGCCCAUCCUCAAGGAGACCAUUGAGAUUCUGUUCCAGGAGGGUCUUAUCAAGGUCCUUUUCGCCACCGAAACCUUCUCCAUCGGUCUAAACAUGCCUGCCAGAACCGUCGUCUUCACCCAGGUCACCAAGUGGGACGGUCAGCAACGCCGCCCUCUUACUUCCUCUGAGUACAUUCAGAUGGCUGGCAGAGCUGGUCGUCGUGGUCUCGAUGACCGUGGUAUCGUCAUCAUGAUGGUCGAUGACAAGCUCGAGCCCGAGACGGCCAGAGCUAUCGUUGUCGGCAACCAGGAUAAGCUCAACUCCGCCUUCCAUCUCGGUUAUAACAUGGUCCUCAACCUGCUCCGUAUUGAGGCUAUUUCGCCCGAGUACAUGCUGGAGAGGUGUUUCUUCCAGUUCCAGAACGCCGCCAGCGUACCGCAGCUCGAGCGUGAGCUCAUCAGCCUGCAACAGGAGAGAGACUCCAUCAUCAUUCCUGACGAGAGCAUUGUCAAGGAUUAUUACAAUGUCCGUCAACAACUGGAAGACUACAACAAGGAUAUGGUCCAUGUCAUUCAGCAUCCCCAAAACUGCGUUGGCUUCUUCCAGGAGGGCCGUCUCAUCCACAUUAAGAGCCCAAGUGGAGUGGACUUUGGCUGGGGUGUUCUGAUUAAGCAUACCCCCGCCAGCAACCGAAGAACGGUGUCUGGCGACUUUAACCCCAAGGCACGUGGAGAGAAGCCGAUGCCUGAGGGUAUCAUGCCUGCAGGAAAGGAUAGCAAGAAUGCCAGGUGGGAGGUUGUCCCCUGCCUUCUGAACUGUCUCAAAGCUCUCGGCCAGCUGCGUGUUUUCUUGCCCAAGAGGCUUGAAAGCGCCGACGAGAAGGACGGAGUGGGUAAGGCCACUGACGAGAUCAGCCGUCGCUUCCCUGACGGCAUCCCUAUGCUGGAUCCUAUGGAGAACAUGGGUAUCAAUGACGACAGCUUUAAGAAGCUGCUCCGCAAGAUUGAGGUCCUCGAGUCGCGUUUGGUGGCCAACCCUCUCCACAACUCUCCUCUCCUUAUUGAACUGUGGAACCAGUACAGCCUCAAGACGCAACUUGCCGAGCAGAUCAAGGACAAGAAGAAGGCCAUUGCCCAGGCCCACAGCGUUGCGCAGCUUGACGAGCUCAAGUCUCGCAAGCGUGUCCUUCGCCGUCUGGGCUUCAUCAACGACGCUGAGGUCGUCGAGAUGAAGGCCCGUGUUGCGUGCGAGAUCUCCUCGACCGAGGGUCACGAGCUUCUCCUUGCCGAGCUGCUCUUCAACCGCUUCUUCAACGAGUUGAGCCCCGAGAUUUGCGCUUGCAUUCUCAGUUGCUUCAUCUUCGACGAGAAGAUCGAGACACAGGCGCUCAAGGAGGAGCUGGCCAAGCCCUAUCGUGAGAUCCAGGCCCAGGCCAGGAUCAUCGCUAAGGUCAGCGCCGAAAGCAAGCUGGAUGUCAACGAGGACGAGUACGUUCAGAGUCUCAAGUGGCAGCUCAUGGAGACUGUCUUGGCUUGGGCUCAGGGAAGGCCGUUCUCCGAGAUUUGCAAAAUGACUAACGUCUACGAAGGCUCGCUCAUCCGUCUCUUCCGCCGUCUCGAAGAGCUUCUUCGCCAAAUGGCCGAGGCUGCUCGCGUUAUGGGCAGCGAGGAGCUCAAGGACAAGUUCGAGCUCAGCUUGUCCAAGAUCAGGCGUGACAUUGUUUCUUUCAACAGUUUGUAUCUGUAA